AUGGAUUUACAAGAACAAAAAGAUAAGGAUUGCGCCUCGUGCCAUAAUAUUGCCCACUUUCAGGCUAAGAACGAACCUCCCCGAUUCGAACAAACCAGUAAAAUCGAUUUAAAAGCUAAAGAGUGUUGUGUAAAACAUUCAACAAAGUCUGGUAACGUUCCAGGCAUUGAAAAAUGUGAAACUGAAUGUUAUAAUUAUAAAUCCUUAAACAAAAGACCCAUUGAUACAAAGUGCGAUUUAGAUGACAAAAACACUUACGUGAAAGGUAUUUUAAAAAAUUCUGCAAACGCUUUAAGAGUAAACGAUUGCUGCUGCCAUCCUGCUCAAAAUUAUCAACAACCGCAGGCAGAAAUGCAUGCUACAGCAGGGAGAACACCUCCGGAAGAAAACAAGGAAGCUCCUUCUCCAUAUAUUCCUGAAAUCGUAGGUGAUGCUAAUCCACCAUGCUACUUACCUCAACCUGGUGACGAGUUUCCUCAGGACGCUGAAGCGCCCAUGGUCCCUGUAGGGCCUUGGGCUACUGGAAGAAUAGAUUGGGGGCCACUUUCAGGGCUUACAGGAACAAGACCAAUAGUGGACAAGUAUUCCAUAACUCGGUUUAGCGAAGCUGAAUGGAGAAAACACAACAAGGAGAUUUUGGAAAUGGCUGCUAUUGAACAACAUAGAGCCAAUCUAAUAGAUUGGAACAGUCGGCAAUGUUUGGAACAAACCCAAGCAGAUGUAGAUAAAAACCAAGAAAAAACUACUAACAGAUUAAAUCAGCGAGAACUUGAAAUACACAGAUGGAAAUGCGAGUUAGAACGCGCUAUUGCCGCAGCAUCCGAGGAGAUUACUUUCAUGGAAGAACAACGGCAACGUCUUAAGCAAGCGAGUGCCGUUCUUCAACUCCCUGAAGCCAUUGCUGGCGAAUGCCUUGAAAGAAGAACAGGACGAUUGGAUCCGGAACUUGUAAGAGACGAGGUUGAAGUUGAACUGAUGAAAGAGUUGGCUUUGACUGCGGAGAUUCGCGAGACAUUUGCAAGGACAUUAAAGGAUGUACAAGCGCAAUUAACUGAAGAUAAGACUGCUAAGGCGCGUCUUGAAUACGACUGGAGCGAUAAAAUAAUCUCGCACGGAAUAGAAACGCUUAAUCAGGCUCUAACUACCAAGUCAACUGUCCUGAUGUUCCAUCCUGGCUCGGUGAUUUGUCAAGAUGAUCAAUCGACUCUGGAUUACUGGGAACACUUUACCAGGGAAAUAUUGCAGGAAGGUGAAGCAACUAGACAAAGAUCAGUGACUCUAAGAGGUACUUUGGAUGCUAUUCUUAUAAAUGCAGCUCGUGAUCUGAGAUCGCAGGCUGACCGUGUUGAAUUAGCAUUAUCCAGAAGAAUUGCAUGUACUGAGGAAACUUCCAAGAGAUUAGAAGUAGAUUUGUUAAAAAUAUUACAGAGACUUGCAGAUGUAGAAAGCAUUGUAGACGCGAUAAGGGCUGCAAUCAGAAGACUAGAUUUUCCAAUGAAGAAAGCCCAAACGCGCUUAAACAACAGGCAAAUGAGACCACGCGUUGAAAAUUGUCGCGAUGAGGCACAUUUUGGGCUAUUAGAAGAAGUAAAAGAGUUAGGAGAAAAUGUGGCUGCUUUACAAGCUCAGUUAAAGCAGGCUGAAGAUUCCCAAACUGCUUUGGUUAAGGCAAGAAGCGAUCUGGAGAGAGAAAUAAUGGUUAAAAGAAAAACAUUGGAAAUUGAUAGAGAUAGAACUUCAAGAAUUAGAUCACACUACCCAUCUACAACAGCUUUAGCUGGAUAUUCCUAA